AUGACCGGCUGCCGCUGACAAAAACAAACUGCUGCUGCCUGUGUCGAGGAACGAGGUUUAGAGUAAAGCGACAGGUUCACAGUGAAUGUUGUACUCUACGAAACAAGAGAAGCAGCGGGACGUGUAGCGGCAGCUGCUAAGUGCUACUAGCUGCUAACAGACGAGCUCCUCACGCAAACUUAAAGGUCUGUCGCUGCUAACGCGAGAAUCUGUGCGCGGAGGGACGAGACUCACACUGUUGUUGUGGGACAGUUCUGUGUCAGCCAGAGUGUACUGAGACUCCUCUUGUGAUGUAGUCGUUUCAUCAUACCUGCCUGACUGCCUCCUGAGGAGGUCAUUCUCUGAUCACAGCGAUGGAUGAGGACACCCCAACCCUGAAACCCAGGCGGAUCCAGAAUCAGAAUGUGGUUUAUCGUCUGGAGAGGCGGAGGAUUUGCUCUGGUCAACCGGGAGCACACUGGUACAGAGUGCGCUGCUUCCAUCAGAACCUGUUCCCCAACUUCACUGUGGUCAACGUGGAGAAGCCCCCCUGCUUCCUCAGGAAGUUUUCACCCGAUGGACGCUGUUUCAUCGCCUUCUCCUCUGACCAGACUUCUCUGGAGAUAUAUGAAUACCAAGGCUGUCAGGCAGCUCAAGACUUACUCAGAGGCCAAGAGGGAGAAACUCUUCUUACAGCCAAUGACCAGCGCUCUCUCAACAUCCGUGGCCGUCUGUUUGAGCGCUUCUUCUCUUUGCUCCAUGUUACUAAUGUGGCCUCAAAUGGAGAGCACCUGAACCGCGAGUGUAGCCUUUUUACAGAUGACUGCAGAUAUGUUAUUGUUGGCUCGGCUGUGUACGUCCCAGAGGAGCCGCCGCCAUAUUUCUUUGAGGUGUAUCGUAACAACGAGUCUGUGACUCCAAAUCCUCGGUCCCCUCUCGAAGAUUACUCACUCCACAUUAUUGACCUGCACACUGGCAGGCUAUGUGACACCAGGUCCUUCAAGUGUGACAAGAUAAUUCUGUCCCACAACCAGGGCCUCUACCUCUACAGGAACAUCCUGGCUGUGCUGUCAGUCCAACAGCAGACCAUACACGUCUUUCAGGUGACUCCAGAGGGAACGUUCCUGGAUGUGAGGACUAUCGGGCGCUUCUGUUAUGAGGACGACCUCCUCACUCUCUCAGCAGUUUACACAGAGGCCCAGGCUGAGAGCCAGCCGGGCUUCCCCCGCCUGUACACGGACAAAACCAUCAACUCCCUGAAGCACCGGCUGCUCGUCUACCUGUGGAGGAGAGCCGAGCAGGACGGCAGCGCCACCGCCAAGAGGAGAUUCUUCCAGUUUUUUGAUCAGCUGAGGAGGCUGAGGAUGUGGAAGAUGCAGCUGCUGGAUGAGCAUCACCUCUUCAUUAAAUACACCAGCGAGGACGUGGUCACGCUCAGAGUCACCGACCCCUCGCAGCCGUCGUUCUUUGUCGUGUACAACAUGGUGUCCACAGAGGUGCUGGCCGUCUUUGAGAACACCUCCGACCAGCUGCUGGAGCUGUUUGAAAACUUCUGCGACCUUUUCAGAAACGCCACGCUGCACAGCCAGGCCGUGCAGUUCCCCUGCUCGGCCUCGUCCAACAACUACGCUCGGCAGGUCCAGAGAAGAUUUAAGGACACCAUAGUAAACGCCAAAUACGGCGGCCACACGGAGGCGGUGCGGCGGCUGCUGGGUCAGCUGCCCAUCAGCGCGCAGUCGUACAGCAGCAGCCCUUACCUCGACCUCUCCCUCUUCAGCUACGACGACAAGUGGGUGUCAGUGAUGGAGAGACCCAAGACCUGCGGAGACCACCCCAUCAGGUUCUACGCACGUGACUCCGGCCUCUUGAAGUUCAAGAUCCAGGCGGGUUUGCUGGGCCGGCCCGUGAAUCACGCCGUGCGGCGCCUGGUCGCCUUCACCUUCCACCCCUUUGAGCCCUUUGCCAUCUCUGUGCAGCGCACCAACGCCGAGUAUGUGGUCAACUUCCACAUGAGGCAUGUCUGCGCGUGAGGAGCCACUUUGUGUGAGUGUGUGUCUGGUUUCCAUACUUAAAAAUACUUCAAAAAAUAAAUCACAAUUUCAGAUUGUUACUGGUGACAAUACAACAAACAUGUCCUCCAUCAGGAGGCACAAAACAGUGUGUGGCCCCUCUUCCUCCUCCUCCAUAGAAAAACAGCAGUCAUUCUCUGUUUAAUAGGAGCCACAGUUUCUCUUCUCUUUCCUCCUUCCAUCACGCAGUGGUCACUCCGCUUCCGCCCCUCCUCCCCAUCUGCAAGGAGGCAGCAAUUCUGCCUUUUCCUUUCUCCUCCUCUUCCCCACUUCCUCCGCAGAACAAAGAGGGACCUGUGGGGAGGAGAAGCUGGAAUAAGUGUAAAUGGAGAUGUAGAGCGGGUGAUUGAUGUGCAACAGAGGAGGGAGCUGUAGGUAGCCAGACUUCUUAGACGAAACCAAAGGUGUUUUUUUUUUUCUUCCGAGCUCUGAAACUGUGCAUUCAUUUCAGGAUUGCUUUUCCUGGAACCAAGGAACGUGUAAUUUUAUAUUGUUGUUCUGCUUUCUUUUUUUCUUACAUUUUACUGUCUGUAUAUAUUUUACGCCAAUAAAAUUGUUGAAAUUGUA